GGUUGCUUGCUGUAGCAAAAGAUAUGGAUUUUAAAGCAUUGCUACAGGCAGAAAUUAACAGAAAAAGACAAAAAGUAGAAUCGAAAGACAUACUGGCACCAAAUAAAAAAUAUUUCAAACGAGGAGACUUAGCAGCAAAGGAAGAGGAGGAGUACUGGAAAAGACAUAAAGGGGGGAAUGACAAAAAACAGGAAUCUCCAGAAAAGGUAGAAGAUUCUCAGGAAGAACAAAUAGGACAGUCUGAAGAGAAGGUCCCUCAACUAGCAAGAAAGGAGGUGAUAAGAAGGCUUCGAGAGAGACACGAGCCUAUCAGACUCUUUGGAGAAAGUGAUUAUGAGGCCUAUCUUCGACUAAAAAGACUGGAAACUGAUGGACCUGAUGCCAGAGAGGAGGGUUUCAGGAAUGAGUUCAAAGCAGCUAUGGACAAAGUAGAUGAAGACUAUUUCAAAGAAAUGGUGGAAGCUGCCACAUCGGGUGAAGGUGGCAAAAAGUCAAAUGAUGUGUCAAUCAAAGACGACGGCACCACAGUGGAGGACAUUCAGAAAAUGAAAGAAGAAAUAGGGAAAGGUGACUCAGAGAAAAACUCUGAUAUAAUUUUGAGAUUUCUAAAGUACCUCCUGAAAAUGUGGGGACAGACAUUAAAUGAGAGGACAGAGGACGAGAAAAGAACACUUAAAGGAAAGGAAGCAAGUGCCAUUCACACACAAACAGUCAGUUAUCUCAAGCCAUUGUUCAGGAAUCUCAAACACAAGACCAUUGAUGAAGAUAUAUUAGAUGCCAUGGUUAUCAUUGUUCAUCACCUAAUGCAUAGAGACUAUCUAAAGGCUAAUGAUGCGUACUUGGAGAUGGCUAUUGGAAAUGCUCCCUGGCCUAUCGGGGUCACUAUGGUGGGUAUCCACGCUCGUACUGGUCGUGAGAAAAUUUCAUCUCGGCAUAUCGCACACGUACUUAAUGAUGAAACACAGAGAAAGUAUAUACAGGCAUUAAAGAGACUUAUGACACAGUGUCAGAAGAUUUUCCCCACAGAUCCAUCAUUUAGUGUAAAUUACGAGAAACCCAAUACGUGAUAUUGACUGAUCGAGAAAGCUCUUAAUAAGUUAUUAUAUAUUUUAUAAAUGUGCUGAUUUGACAGAGAACAGAAAAGCAGUGAGUUACCAUUAUUUUUAUUCAAUUAAGUACAGGUAAAUGGUUUAUGAGCAGCUUACACCAGACUUGAUAAAAUAUCCAUGAAGGAAAAUUGUUCUUCUGUUGGUUGAAUGUGCAUUUAUGGUCAACUGGUCUUGUUGCCUAUAAAAAAGCAAGAAUCUUACCUCAUUCUCUAUUAGAAUUAUUUCAGCAAAGAAAUAAUAACAAUCAGAGAAAUCAUGCCAACUUCAUCAUGACAGUUUUUCCAGCCAAAACAAAAAUAUUGAUAACAAAAGCACAUUUUUAUUUACAGAUGUAUGUGUUGGAAAUUAAUCUGGAAAUGUUGAACCACUUGUUUUUGUUUUAAUAUAAUGUUGAUCUUCAAGCUAUUUAUGGGCAGUGAUUUUAAACCAUGUAAUAAA